UUGCUAUAGCUUACCCGUAUGUACACUGCUAUUUUACUCUAGUUUGACGUCCUGCCACGGCAUGGCUAUCAAGAAUAGAAAGAUCGCUAUUAUGGGCUUUAGAUCAGUCGGCAAGUCUUCUCUCGCCAUUCAGUUUGUUGAAAAUCAAUUUGUCGACUCGUAUGAUCCGACCAUUGAAAACACUUUCCACAAGAAUUUUCGCCAUAAAGGCCAAGAUUACGCUGCAGAGCUGGUAGACACAGCUGGACAGGACGAGUACAGUAUAUUCCCUCAUUGCUAUUCUGUCGAUAUCGACGGCUAUAUUCUUGUGUACUCUGUAAACAGUCAGAAGAGCUUUGAAGUCGUGAAAGUAAUUCACGAUAAGUUACUCGAUCAACUGGGAACAGACCAUGUACCAGUUGUACUUGUUGGCAAUAAAAUCGACCUGCACAUGGAUCGUGCAGUCACUCUAGCACAAGGUCAAGGUGUUGCAGCCUCCUGGCGAGCCGCAUUUGUGGAGACAUCGGCUAAACAAAACGAGAAAGUUUCCGAAGUAUUUUUAACUGCUAUUGAUGAGAUAGAGAGGAAGUUGAAUCCUGCUGUCGACAAACGAGACGACUGUAUAGUACUCUAAGUCGUGUCUCCGACGUCUGUGUACAGAGCUCUAAAUAACAGUACAGUAGCGGGUAUUUUUUCUAAUUAAUAAGCCAUGUGUGUAUGGUGUACAGUUCUGAGUAGACGCAAGUAGAACAUAGACGUACACGUUUUGAUUAUUAAUGAACAUUCGGGAAUUUCGGAUGAAA